AAUUGAUAGGAUUUUCUAAUACUUAUCAUUAGUUGUAAUUGUAUUUAUUUGUGGCAAAAUUAUGGUCCAGAAAUUAAGUCAUCGCACAGUAUGGUUGUUGGGUAUUAUUAUUCUGUCUUUGAGUUCCGAGUAUUUGACUACUCUUACAACAAGUACUGCUAAGCCAACCAAAAUGGACAGUUGGAUAUGGAUGUCACCGAAUGAAUGGUUACCAAAGAUAGGACCCACGAACUUAAUCCUAAUCAUAAUACUUAAUCUAAUCAGUAAUUUGAUUUGUUGUGGUUUUCUAGUGUUUAUUGUUUGGAUGAUUCUUCGAAGUGUUGAACAAUUUUAUAGCAAACGAAAACACCAUAACAAUACCGUUUAAUAGGUCCACAAAAAUACAAUG